GAUUAACCGCAAUUUGCGAAACGAAAUCAAAGUCAAUCUAUUCGAUCAACUACUUCAAUCUCGCUCAAUUCUAUUGGUACAUCGAUCAGGACUCCCCUCCAUGGCUACAGCUUCCCCAGCUCAUAUACACACUUCUGCGGCUAAGUAUGAGGUUAAACCGGAGUGGUAUUUUGAAAAAGGUUUACGAAAAGUGAAGCCUUACCUAUUCAAGUACUCAACUUAUGCCAAGGAAAGAUGGAGGGGGCGAAGUGUAAUUGACGUGUUCAGCUCUGACUUCAGAGACCGUAGCCCUGAAUACUAUGCUCAAGCCGUAGCUUCCGGUGUUAUCAAGAUCAACGGAAAAACUAUCACACAAGAUCUUAUCAUCCGAAAUGGUGAUCUGAUCACUAAUACAUUACAUCGACAUGAGCCACCAGUGAUCGGAGAUCCUGUCAGAAUCCUCCAUCGCGAUGAUGUCAAAGGUUUACUUGUGGUCGAAAAACCUGGAAGUAUGCCAAUUCAUCCAACGGGUCGAUAUAACUAUAACACCUUGUUAUCAAUCCUCAAAUUCGAUUACGAUCUUCCAUUGGUUCACACUAGCAAUCGUUUGGAUCGUCUAACUUCAGGCGUGAUGAUUUGCGCGUUGACAAUUGAAGCAUCCCGUGGCUUGUCAGCUUACUUUGGCCAAGAAGGUGCCGUGAAGAAAGAAUAUAUUGCCAGGUGCCGAGGUAAUUUCCCAGACGAGGAGAUUGUGUGUGAGGAACCCCUUUUAACCAUCGACCGACAGGUGGGACUUAAUGUCGUCCAUCCUGAAGGAAAGUUACCUUUACUAGGUCGUCCUAUCACUGGGCGGUCUCAUCAAAUCCGUGUUCAUCUCCAGUUUCUAGGACACCCAAUCUUAAAUGAUGUGAUAUAUUGUAGUAAUGUAGCUUGGGGCCCUGAAGGUGGCAAGGGUGGAAUAUUUAGUUCACCUACAGAUCAAAGGCCAAAAUCAAGCGAGAAAGAGGAAGCAAUAGAAUCGGUCGCGCAUGAAGUUCCCAUUGAAGCUAAUCUUGAAGCAUCAGAAGAAAAUUCGCGUCCUAAACGUUCGGGAUCAGCUAUCAAGCUGGGUAGGGGUCAACGACAAGGAAUUUCUCAAAACGACUCAGGAAAACGUGCUCGAUUGAAUCCAGAAGAUCCGGAUUCAGGCAAUUGCAGUGGGAUUGCCUUUAAUGAAACAGCUCGAGCGGUAGUGAAUGAAUUGAGGAAGGCUAGAGACAUCGAAGAUGGAUUUGGACGUGAGAAGGAUACGAUUUGUAUUGAUCGAGCUUUUAAAACACCGACAGAAUUAUUGAACUCACAGGUUGAUAAAAAGAAUGAUGAUGCAAAACAAGAAGAUGGAAUUGAAAGCAGUCAACCUGAUCAUCAUGAGUUUUGUUCAGAUUGUGGUAUACCUCUCUUACCGGAUCCAAAACCUGAACAACUUUUCAUCUAUUUACAUGCAUUUAGAUAUCAUACAGAUGCUUGGGACUUUUCUAGUGGUUUACCUUGGUGGGCAGAUGAAGAGAAGUGGAAGGAAAGGCAGAUCGAAACAAUUGAGUAAUUCACAUUUGUCUUUCAUGUUGUAUAUAGAUCAAAAAUAAUCGUGAAGAUGAAACGAUAAAGGAAAAUUAGAGCUGAAU